AUGAAGAUGCUGCUGCUAGUAGUAAUUUAUUGGACUGUGACAUCAUUUGUGGCGAGUGCAUCGACUAAACAAAGAAUUUAUUAUGGUGAAGCUGAACUUGUUCAACAGUUGCUAACGAACCCUUCUCAAUGGAUGUAUGUUCAAGAGAACGUCGAUGGUUUUUACGUGAACUUCAUCGAAAUGGAUGAUAUCUUAACAGUCGAUGAGUUGUCCGAUUUUUUCAAACUCUUUAAAAAUAAAUCUGCCUAUUAUGAAAGUGAUGCUGAUCCUCAUCAUCAGCCAUUGGAGAAAGACAAGACAGCAAUUGAUGUGUUACAUCGUGUAGGAUGGAACAUAACUUACACUAGUCAAAACUACGGAUGGACUGUUGAACGUGAUGAAAUUUUAGGUUAUUACAACUUAACUGAACAUGUUCGUCGUCGACCGGAUUGCGUUCAACUUGGUCCAUGGACAUUAUCAGGAAAUAUCUCGAAUAAUGCUGGUACUGGACCCUAUUCAAAUGCACAGUAUCGAGCAUGGAUCAAUCAGACCGAUGGUGUUUCAACAGAUGGGCCGUUGGGGUUUUGGCAAAUUAAUUUUCAACAAGUACGAGAAGGUAGUUAUUCUGCCGUUCAAUUUGCCCAUCGUCUAGGUAAAUCAGCAGCUGUGAUGCUAUGCCCAUAUGGUGCUGGCGUUCCAACAUACAAUUCAACAAGAGAUUUUCUCACUGUUGGUAUCUCUGCUAUUCAAGGUCAUGAAGACAAUGAUGCCGAUCCCGAUAUCUGGAUUAUUUUCGAAUAUGCUGAUUCAUCAAUUCCGGCAGUGCCAGAACAAAUCAAUGACUAUCCGGCGAAUUCAACUACUGGCAUGGCAUUUUAUGCAUUGAAACAUAGAGAUGGAAUACCGAAAACUCUAGAUUUAUACAUUGAUGAGGGCAAAGUCGGACAGUACGUGUUCGUAAGAGAAUCGAACAGUGUAGACAUGACUAUCCAUUCGAAUGUGCCUGUUGGAACAGCUCGAAAUUAUACACUUCAAGUAGCCGAUUACAGUUCAUGGCUCGACUAUGCUGCUCAAAUUCGAGCCUUUGCAAUUGGUAAUCCGACGAGCGCAUGGAAAAUAAGUUAUACAAUUGAUGGAGUCGAUAUUACUUCAGAUAUAGGCAACACCGAUGGAUUUGUAUUCGUUCGAAAGAAUCGCCUCCAACCAAAAACUAUUCAAAGUAUCAAUAUAUCAUUUUUUCGAACAUCUACUAUUGUUAACAACAUGACAUUAAUUAUUGAACUAAGCCCUCAUCGCGGAAGCGCUGUAAUUGAUUCAUUACGCAUCCUUUGUUAG